CAAAUUUUGUCGGUUCCUUAAUACGCCCACCUACUUAAAUAUUCACGAGGAUCAGUUAGAUUUGGUUAUACCGCAGCUUUACCAGAAGAAGAAGAGAUAUGGCCUCCACCGUCGCGGUUCUUCUGCUCCUGUCUGCGGGUUUAUUCUCAGUCGGUUUUGGUGAUGACUGUAUGAGCUACAUCUCCAGCAGUAACGAGUAUAAGCCCUUUAUAAGAUGCCAGAUUGGGGCGUACUGCUGUGGGACCUGCAAUGACAGAUACUGCUGCAGCAAUUCUUAUAGGAAGAUAACCGAUCAAUACGCGUGCAAAGCUCAGUACAGCAGCCAAACCAAUAGUGUCGCUGGCAUUGUCUCAGGAAUAAUGUCGCUUGUGGUCAUGUGUAUUGUGUUCAUCAUCUGCUGCUGCUGCCCCUGCUGCUGUAUCUAUAAAAUGUGCAGAACACCCACAACUGUGGUCGGAGGAACACAUGUAACCACAAUAGUGAAUACACAAUGCGUUCAGCCAGCGCCGCCUGUCAUGCAGCCCGCUCAGUAUCCAGCAUACAAGCCUGAGCCGACUCAUCCAGGCUACGGCGCUCAGCCUAUGCAGACGGGACCAUAUCAAGGACAGCCAUACGCACCAGGACCCCCACCCCCAUACCACAUGGCCGCAAGCCCUGGAUAUCCCAGUGUUCAGGCUCCAUAUGACGGAAGUCAGGCCACGUAUCCCAUGAUGCCCCCUGCCCAGCCCGGUAGUGCUUAUCCGCCCCCAGUGUCAUUCGAACAGCCGGCCUAUAACCCCGCCUACAUGCAGCCACCGAAGACUGGAUACUAAACCACAAGCGUCUGUCACAUCAGUCACUGUAGGAUUGUGGAGGUUUGACACACUUUGUAUAAGUGGAUGUGUUAUAGUCAAGAGUUAUUUCUGUUUUCUUUUUUUUUUUUUUCUUUUUUAUAUCAGUCCUUUCAUUUUAGGUUUUGCUCUACGACACACUGUAAAAGUAAAGAUUUUUUAUUAAGUUUGUAAAUUAAACAAAGAUUAUUGGAGUAAGUUUUUUAAGAAAAUACCAUUUCGGUCUUUCAAAUUUUCUAAAUUUCCAGUUGAACUCAAUUUGACAUUUCUUUGUAAUUAAUUGUAAAAGUUUUACUAGCGAUUUACUUGUUAAAAAAUAUUUCUACACUAGUUUUAGCUUCUACAUGAGUUUAGCUAUUCUUGUAUUAUAUUGAACUUUAUAAUAUCUUGCAUAUAUUUUGAUAUAAUUUGAUACACUAGAAAAACUAAAAUCUAAAAUAAAACAUGGUCAAGUUGUAUUUUAGUCAAAUCUUUGCAAUUUUGCUGUUGCACAACGCUCACAGAAACAUAAAUGUCUUCAAUUUUACAUUUAUUCUAGCAGGAUCUGUGAUUUUAUUUUUUAAUAAUUUAAAUUCUUUCCUUUGAGGGUCUAAAAUGCAGUCGCAUUUGAAUAACAAUGAGUGAUGCUGAAUUUACAUAAUUUUGUCCGUUGAAAAGUUGAAAAUGUAUUUUAUUAAAUGAACCUUUGUUGAAGCAUUAGGAAACCACAUGUUACAGUUCCCUUUUUUAGAUUUCUGUUUCGGGUUACAUUGUUUUUUUUAAAUGAAGCAUGUAUUUAAACUGCAUAUAUCAUAAACUGUUACAGAUUUUGCAAAUGUUUAACUGCUGUUUUAUAUUUAUAUAUUUCUAUGUGUGUGAGAAAUGUUACAAGUUUGAUUGUUAAAAUAACUAUCUUACUGUCUCUUUUUUAAAAAGCGAAUUUAAAGAAAGGUCUACAGGAGAACAUAAAAAAUGUAAAACUCGACAAAGUCAACAACAAGACAGCAAACCUUCUCGAGAAAAAUAUGCCUAAAUAUUUUGGAUUUUUUUGCAAUGGUUUUUGCAAAUAUUUUGGACUUUUAUGCAAUGUUUGGUAAAGUUACACCACUUGAAUGUGUAUGGGACCCCAUAAACAUUCAACAUUCGCCUACUGGUGAAAUAAAAAAAGGAAUGUAUUUAAAUAUUUCUAAAUUCUGUGUAUAUACUUUUUAACAUUAUUUUUACAGAUUAGUAGCAAGAUUUUUUUUUUACUGUUUUGAAUAUGAUGCUGAAUAUAUUUCAAAUAUGUGUUUCUGUUUUUGAAUGCCUUUUGAUAUUCAAUAAAUUAGUUAUUCCUGCAA